AUGGUCUGCGCCUCGCUGCACACGAGCAGCGGCUGUCUGUUGUGCGGCUCCUGCCCGCAGCAGGAGUGUGUGCGCUCCCGGGGCUCCGCCAUGGCGGUCUCCACACACACUUUCUCCGGACAUGGACUGUUCAAAUUCAAAGAGCUGCAUGAAAAUCCAUGGACCAUCCCAAAUCUACUGUGCGUCUGUCGGAUACUCCUGGCCCCUGUGCUUGCCCAGCUCAUCAUCACACAACACUUCCACAUCAGCUUGGCUCUGUUCACACUCGCAGGAGCCACUGACCUGCUUGACGGCUACAUUGCUAGAACAUGGCCCAGUCAAAAGUCUGCAUUGGGGAGUGCUCUGGACCCAUUAGCUGAUAAGAUUCUCAUUAGUGUCCUAUACAUCAGUCUCACCUACGCUGAGCUUAUCCCAGUUCUGCUCACAGCUUUAGUCAUCUCCAGAGACAUUGGGCUCAUCGCUGCUGUUUUUUGGGUGCGCUACAAGACUGUGCCGCCACCGGUGACGCUGGCCAAAUUCUUUAAUCCCUGCUACACCACAGCACAGCUCAAGCCAACGUUCUUCAGUAAAAUGAACACAGCCAUCCAGUUGUUUCUUGUGGCAGCAUCUUUGGCUGCUCCAGUUUUCCAGUACACAGACAGCACUAUGCUGCAGUGUCUAUGGUUUAUCACAGCAGUUACGACAACAGCAUCUGGGUACAGCUACUGGCAUUAUGGCCGCAAGACUGUCAAGCUACUCAAUACUCGGUCAUCAUGA